UGUGGCGGCCCCGCCCCGUCUCUUGGAACUGCCGGGGCCGCCACCGCUGUCGCCGCCGCAGCUGUAGGGGACCGGCGCCGGUGCGCAGGCGAGAGAAUCUCUUCCCCUGCUGAAAGUUCCCUCGGAAAAGCUACCAUCUCCCCAGCCCACCAUGGCGGAUGAAAUUGAUUUCACUACUGGAGAUGCUGGGGCUUCCAGCACUUACCCUAUGCAGUGCUCGGCCCUGCGCAAAAACGGCUUCGUGGUUCUCAAAGGAAGACCAUGCAAAAUAGUGGAGAUGUCAACUUCCAAAACUGGAAAGCACGGUCAUGCCAAGGUUCACCUUGUUGGAAUUGAUAUUUUCACUGGCAAAAAAUAUGAAGAUAUUUGCCCUUCUACUCACAACAUGGAUGUUCCAAAUAUUAAGAGAAAUGAUUAUCAACUAAUAUGCAUUCAGGAUGGUUACCUUUCCCUGCUGACAGAAACUGGUGAAGUUCGUGAGGAUCUUAAGCUGCCAGAAGGUGAACUAGGUAAAGAAAUAGAAGGAAAAUACAAUGCAGGUGAAGAUGUACAGGUGUCUGUUAUGUGUGCAAUGAGUGAAGAAUACGCUGUAGCCAUAAAGCCCUGCAAAUAAAUGGGAACAUCAGGCAUGAGCAAAAUGUUUAGGUCUGGAUCAACCACAGAUCUAAAGUUUGGUUCUAAGUUGUCACCAAAGCUAUGGCUUUCAUAAGCAACCUCAUUUCUUUUUAAAUUGUUUUGAAAUAACUGUACUGAAUUAGUUUUGCAGGCAAUUGGUAAUUUAAAAUAAUCAAGCUGUGUAAUUCUGUUUUUUUUUUUUUAAUUUUGUAGGUGUCUUCCUUAUAACUUUCUUGUGGUUUUCAGUGAGCCCAAGAAACAGAUAAGAUGGCUUUAGCAGAUAUGAUUUGUCUGAGCAAAUCAUUCCUGAAUUUUAGUUGAUAAUAAACCAGGGUUUUAAAUCAGACAAUGUAGCAUCUAGUGGUAUUGAAGUACCACAUUUAAGUUGAAUUGUUCUGUAAUAAUUUCAGACUUAAUAUAGAAUAAGUAGAUUAUGGAUUGGAAUUGUCACAGCUUCAGCCUGUGUGUGGCAAGCACAAAUCCUUAAACAGAAAUAAUGUUAUCAAAAAGUGUCGGUUAUCUUAGUAGGCAUGUGCAGCCACCUGUAUUACCUCAGUCAUACUUUUCUUUGCCAAAUUGUUGGAGGACUAAACAUAACCUUCUAUGUAGUGAUUUUGAUACUUGCUUGUGGUUGACAGAGAGGCAUUGAACUGUCGGGUGACUAUUCUUAGCUAGUCAGAUUGUAAAGGAGUCUGCAAGGGACAGUGGCACAGGGGUUGGUUAGAGCUAUUGGUCUUUACUGGAGGCCUGUGUAAUCGGCAUAAAAAUAGGAAGUUUCUUUCUAGUUAUGUUUUUGCUUUUUCCUUUUGUUCUCUCUCUGUAUUUAAAGGAGUGGCCUGCUUUCUAGGGUACUAUGUAGUGCUUUUUAUUACUUACAUUGAAUAAAUUGUUGGUAUUUAUAGUAGUCCCUCCUUUCCAACCAUUUUUAAGGAGAUUUUUUUUUGACAUUAAAAUAUUUAGUUGUCAGACAAAAACUGGAAAUUCUUACUUUAAAUUGAUUUGGAACAUUUGUUAAAUUUAUGUACACUUUUUCUAAAGUGAAAUGAAAGUAAAUCAUGGAAGAAGAGUUACUUUAUGUGAUAAGUAUUAUUUUACUUAUUUUAAGAAGUACAUGUAUUUUUUCUGAUUGUUAUGUACUUAAUUCAGUUACUGGUAUGAAACAUAACUAGGAAAGAAUUCUACAAACCGAAUUAUUUUAAAAACUGUUUUUGGAGACACAGCUACAUUUCUCUUUAGUCUUUUGGAUCAUAUAUAUCUUAUUUCCAGGACUCUGGACAUGGUCACAGGGUUUGUGAGGACCUUUGACUUAAUAACAAUCAUAUUGAAAUGAAACUUAGAACAAAAUCACUACUUCAAUAAUACCUUCAUUCUCUAAGACUGAGUAUGGGACCUUUCCCAUCAUCUCUUGAUCUCUGAAAAGCCUUUGUUUCUAUUAUCUAGAGGAAAACACAUAUGAUGCUGUAACUGAUCUAAUCAGUGACUGAAUAUAGCAUUAGGAAUAGAAGAUCCCAAAGGUUUUAGUUACUUAAUUUGUGCACAUUUUUAAAUCUUGUAUUGGCCUCAGCAAACCCAUUUGGAAAAGAAACAAGAAAUGCAAGGAGAAUUCUAAAGCACAAGAAAUACUGAGAUUGUAGUCAAUAAUUUUAGUGUAACAUUUUAGCUUUUGCCCAUCUAAAGCACAAUUAGGAAUUAGGCUAAAUUCUUUCCAGUAUUCCGUUUAAAUAUCUACUACAUACUGCUCUAGUUUUUUAGUACUCUGUACUGUGUGUUUUACUUGUUGCUGGUUGCAUUGUUACCCACAGGAAUCCCGGGAAGUUCUCAAUCUGUGCUAUUUGCUGGUCACUCAUAUGACCCCGGUUAACCAUAUUAGUGUUCUAGUUUACUAUGAAUUCUGGAUUAGCAUGCCCUUGUUGCUGUUCCUAACUUGUCAAACUUCACAUAAAUACAUGUUCAAUUGUGAGGUAAGCAUAUGUAAAUUAUAAUAAUGCAUCUCUAUCUUCAUACCUUGAAUGGCAAAAGCUUUUAUGCAUAAAUAUUUUAAGUACGAUAAUGAAGUGUAAAUACUCUUCUGAUAUAUAAUUAUAAGUAUAGAUUUUAAAGAUAUGGGACUGUUUAUUUUCACAUAAGUCAAUACAUGUUUCUCUAGAAUAAAAUAUUUCCUUUAGUAAAGCUUUAUAAAUUAUAUUAAAAGGAAGCAGGUAAACAUAUUUUUUAACAUAGAACAGAAGUGACUUCAUUCUUUUUUGACAUCAGAAAUAUUAAAAGUUCACUCCUAGUAUUUGUUGUACUUUUUUGUAGCAAAUGUUAAAUAUCACAGGUUACCAUGUAUAGAGUGUAGACUGUCCUGUUGAUACAAUGAUACACCAUUUUUGUCUGCAGGCAUUUCACCAAUUUAUAUACAAUAUUAACAAAUGGAAUAUUUGUUUCUAGAGCAAAGUAUUUUAUUUCUACUGUGAAGACUUUGUUAUAUCUUAUUUGCUACUACAAAGUUGUAUACCCUCUGAAAUAGAUCACAUCACUGCUACUUUGACUUAGCAUUUGCAUCAUAAACAUAAUUAUGAUGUUUCUUUCAUUCUCCCGACCAAGGGCUGUCUGUCACUUGAAAUUGUUGCUAACCAAGCUCUUGAAUCCGUUAACCGUUUAUGGUACAAAAUUCUGUACCAAUGCUUUAUAAUGAUUACCAAAACUCUCCUGCAGCCAGAGCGUGAUAUCUUUAAUAGGAGAUGCUAUAAUAAAAUGUUUAGGCUAUAAAAUUUGGGGACACAAUUUUUCAUUAUAGCACAAUGUGAGUGUGUGCAUAUGCACACAUAGCUUUGUAUGUUUAUUCUUUUUACAAAGUCCUUCCAACUCUUAAAAGUACUGUAGUCUGGUAGUGCCUCAAAUGUUGGUAACUUUUUUUUUUUAAUUUACAACUUUUCCAGAAUUUGUUUUUGUAACUUUAAAGUUUCUCAAUUAGAUUAUUUCUAGUUGAGCUGUAAUUUGAAUGCAUUGUUCUCAGGGCUGUUUGUGCUAAGAGCUGAAGUUGCAUUAUUUUAAAGCUAACUGCCUGAAAGUAUAUUGCAAAAUUUUCCCAAAUUGUAAUACAAUGAUACAUGCAAAUAAAAAAUCCUUAAUAUCAACAUACUUAACCUAUAUGCUAAGUAUUAAAGAAAAAAAUGGGAACAUUGGUAACAUCUGUACUGGAAUCUUGCCAUAUUUUUUUCAUUUUAGAAUAGAAUUUGGUAGUCUUAUCUUAGAACUCAAACCUUAAUGAUGUAUCUGAAAGCAUCCCUUUGGCAUGGACCCCAAAGAUAGUUUUUAGAGCCAGACAAAGAUGUAGUUGUUCUCAAACAUAUUUAGGGACAACAGAUAACAAAUUCAUAAUGCUCUUUUGUGUACAUGAAAAUGUUUACAUACUGAAUUCUAUAAUAUGAACUGGAAACAAAUUUACUAUGAGAAAAUGUGGCUCUUAAGCAGUAUAAGAGCAAACUAUAAGCAUAUUUCCAUAAACUGUAUGUUAUACUGAACUGAUCAACAGUUUAAAAUUUUCUGACUUAGGCAUAAUAUUUCAUAGUUUUUAAGCCUUUUUUUCUCCUAGCAUUCAGACAAGUAAUAGACAACAAAGGCUAUGAAAAAUUUAUUGUGGAAAAAUCUUAAAAUUGAGAAAAUUCAAUCUAUUAACUUUAAUCUAUUAAAUUUUUUUCCCUGAAUUGGAUAUAUGGCAUCAUUAUUUGAUUUUAGCAGGGAACAUUUGGAUUUAGCUUAUGGAACACAGAUGUUCUGUGAGAACAUGACUUGAAGUCACUGUGUAAUGUUUCUCCAUUAAGUAUACAUCUGGACAUCAACUUAAGUACCAAGUGAGGUCAAGUGCCUGAAAAGUGCUGCCUACAUCUAAUUAGCAUGUUUUCCUUAUGUGAAAGAUGCAUCUUAUAGCAAUGCAUAUCAGGCUUUCACCUGCUAGAAACAUACUUGUUGCCAAACUUUACCAACCACCACUCUUCCUCUUGCCUUAGAAUUGGGUGAAACCCCUAUUUUACAAUUGAGAGAAAGGUUCUUUUAUUUAUAUGAAGUCCCUAAAACUAUUUCUUGGCAUUUGUAGACUUAGAUUUAUCUUAGUUUGAGAUUGUAUUUUUUAAAAACUCUAGACAUUAAACUAUAUUCAGUGAUGACUGUACAGCUUGUCUUAAGUCAUAGUUAUGAUCUUUCUUGAGAGGAAUUAUUAUGGUUAAUACCUAAUAAAUAAGCACUCUUGUGCUUGUUAUAAAAUAUAAUGCAAAUUACUAGUUCUAUGCUAGUAUAAUGAAAAUGACUAGUUCCAUACUAUUAUGUACCAGUGUUCUCUCCAAAAAGGAAAUAGUUGAAAUGGCAUUGUCUAAUCCAGUGGCACUUUAUUAGUAACACAUUUUAUUUGUUUUAGGUAUAGGAGAAUUCUUGCUUUUAUCUACAGAGACUCAUGUUUUAGCUAAAACUUUAAAAUCGUAAGACCUGUAGUAUGGAUAUUAUAAUUGUGCAUUUUACAUUUCAGAAAUGGGUAAAAUUCAAAUAUUGUCUUUGACUAUACUAAAAUGUUGAAAUUCUUUAUAUUAUAGAUAAUGAACAUCAAUUAUAACUUUUUGUUACAUUAAGAUAUAUUUGUCUGGUAACUACAUCAGUUAUAUUAAAUAAAAAUAAAGUUAACUUAAUAGCUUGCCCUAUUCUUGUACAUAUACAUUCCUAAAACCAUCUUCAUACUAGAAAAUAGUAUGGAUUAAUGUGUUUAGCACUAUUAAAAGAAAAUCUAACUUGUUUUUACCAUGUUUUCAUAGUCUAGAUCCUUACUAGAAAGCACCCUAGCUUUAUGGCUGAGAAUGUUAAUUUUUAAAUUUUUAAGUUUUUAAUAGUUUUAAAAUAUGUAAAAUAGUCCCAUGGUUCAAAAUUCUGUAAUUACAAGAGUAAAAACAUAUUGCCAUCUUCAUCCUUUUCCUUCCAUACUUCCAGAGACAUUUAAUGUAAGAGCAGUUAAUGGUCCCUCCUCUACCCCUGACCUGCCAGACUCAGGUGUUCUCUACCAGCAUUGCUGUUCUCUUUCCACAGUGAUAUGAAUGGUGUGAUGAGUCCCUGAGCAAACCCUUCCUCCUUUUUCCAAUCCUAUGUGUAAUCAACACCAUCUGGACAUUUUCAUCCCUAGAUGGCUCAACCAUUUCUUCCUUUUACACACGGUACCAUUCUAGAACAUCUCCCACUCCAACAUGUGAGCCAUGCCAAAAGACUACCAUGGCAGUUGUGACCUCAUAUCCGUGGCCAGUUUAUUGAUAUCCAUACCCUUCCAAAUCCAGUGAGAUAAUUGUGCAAUACACAAAGUACCAGAUUAGAGUCUUCCAGCUCUUAGUCCUACUCUUUUUGCCAUUUGCAAAUACCAGUAGCCUGGUCUCCCAGAGGGAGGCAUGGGAGGAAAAAGAGUGAAAGGCUAAUUAUUUGUUAUGUGUCAGCCUGUCUUAAUCUCCUCUCUUCCAUCCACAACCUUAUAAUUAAGCAUUCUAUCCAAAUAGGAGGUGUCCUGUGGAAUUGCCACAUUUAGAACUCCUACUGUCUGUCUAAAGUGUGUGCUCCCCUGGGAAUUUAAAACAUCUAUAGGCAUACCACAGAGAUAUUGCAGGUUUGGUGUCAGACCACUGCAAUAAAGCAAAUAUCAAAACAAAGUGAGUCAAAUGUUAAUUUUUUUGUUUCCCGUAUAUAUAAAAGUUACGUUUACAUUAUAGCAUGCAAUCCCAUUGUGUUUAAAAAGGCAUUGUACGUACGUGAAUUAAAAAAUACUUUAUUGCUAAAAAAAUGCUAACCAUCAUCUGAGCUUUCAGCAAGUCAUAAUCUUUUUGUUGGUGUAGUUUUGCCUCGAUGUUGAUGGCUACUGACUGGUCAGGUUGGGUGUGGCAAUUUCUUAAAAUAAGGCAACAAUGAAAUUUGCUGUACUGAUUAAUUAUCCCUUUAAUAAACUAUUUCUCUUCUCUUGA